AUGAAAUUCUCACUCUUUAUCUGUAUUAUACUCUCAUUGGCACUGGCUGCCAACGCCUUCAACAUCAACAGUGGCAAUAACUUUGUCGGUUAUUGGGGCCAGAAUAGUGCUGCUCCAGGCGGCAGACCAUAUCAAACUGAACUCGGCACUUACUGUACUGAUAACACCUACGAUGUACUCAUUGUCUCCUUCUUGAUUAACUUCUUCUCUGGCGAGAACAUCAUCGGCACCAACAUCCCCGCCCCAACUCUUAACUUUGCCAACAUGUGUGGCGGUACUUACCCAGGCUACAGCCAGCUGCUCCAGUGUCCAAACAUCGGCUCUGGUGCCGCUACCUGCCAGAGCAAGGGCAAGAUCGUCCUCCUCUCACUCGGAGGUGCCGUUGGCAACUACGGAUUCACCAGCUCGGCCCAGGCCACCCAGUUCGCAAAGACCAUCUGGAACAUGUUCCUCGGAGGCAGCGACUCAACCUACCCCCGUCCAUUCGGUUCCGUCCAGCUCGAUGGUAUCGACCUUGAUCUCGAGGGAGGACCCAAGGAAUACUACGACGUCUUUGUCAACACUCUCAAGAUCCAGUACUUUGCCGGCGCAUCAAAGAGGUACUACAUCCAUGCCGCCCCACAGUGUGUCUACCCAGACGCAAUGGUCGGACCAUGGACCGGAUCUGCCCUGAGCACUGGUAAGCUUGACUUUAUCAGCAUUCAGUUCUACAACAACUGGUGUGGCCUUGCUUCAGGCUCGCAGUUCAACUACAACACCUGGUCGCAGUGGAUUAGCGCCAACUCACCAGGCACCAAGAUCAUGACUGCCAGACCAACAACUGCCUCCUCUACCACCACCCCCGCCACUACCUCGUCUACAUCCACCACUAGACCAUCAACUACUACCACUACUACCACCAGAACAUCAACUACUACUACCACUACCACUGCCCCAGCAACUACCUCCUCGACCACCUCAACAACUGUCAAGCCAACAACAACUACCACAACUACCGCCCCAGCCACAACCUCAUCGACAACCUCCUCCACAACUGUCAAGCCAACUACCACAACUACCACAACCACACCAGCCACUACCUCGUCGACAACAGUCAAGCCAACUACUACCACAACUACCGGACCAUCAACGACCACCUCGGCCACCACUUCAUCCUCGACCACCUCACCCAACACAUUGGUCUUUACCCAAUCAGUGACCUCUCAAUGGGGCAGCAAUCCACCAACCAGCCAGAUAUCCGGCCAGGUUAAGAACAAUGGAGCCACCACUAUCUCCAACCCCAAGUUCAGUUCGCCACAGAAUGCCAUCAUCAACGGCAUGUGGGGUCUAUCCCAGGAUGCCAACGGAUAUUGGGUACUUCCAUCAUGGGCCAACACUUUGGCACCAGGUCAAGGAGUUGAGUUUGGUUAUGCCAUCAACUCUGCCACUCCAGCAACAUUCAACAGAGUCGCCUAA